GAAGAGGAAGAGGAAGACAUUUUUCAGUUUCCCCACCAUCAUUAGGUUUAGCAGGUUCUGUAAUCUGUUUGCAAAUCGAAGGAAAUGAUGGUGGUCGAGUUAGAAGAUAUUGGAGUUGAUACUGGUUCGGAUAUUGAAGUUGACGAUAUUAGGUGUGAGAAUCUAGCAGAGAAAGAUGUUAGUGAUGAGGAGAUUGAGGCAGAUGAAUUGGAGAGGCGAAUGUGGAAGGACCGGAUCAAGCUUAGCAGGAUCAAGGAAAAGCAGAAGCAUGCAGCUCAACAUGCUGCUGAGACGCCCAAGCCCAAGCAGACAUCCGAUCAGGCUCGGAGGAAGAAAAUGGCGAGAGCCCAAGACGGGAUCCUCAAGUAUAUGUUGAAGUUGAUGGAAGUGUGCAAAGCCCGUGGGUUCGUUUACGGGAUCAUUCCUGAGAAGGGGAAGCCCAUGAGUGGUGCCUCUGAUAACAUAAGAGCUUGGUGGAAGGAGAAGGUGAAAUUUGAUAAGAAUGGACCGGCAGCCAUAGCCAAAUAUGAGGCAGAGUGUCUGGCUGCAGAGGAGUCAGAGAAUAAGAGGUGUGUAAACCCUCUGAGCAGCCUGCAGGACCUUCAAGAUGCCACUUUAGGCUCUCUCCUAUCGUCAUUGAUGCAACACUGCGAUCCUCCACAGCGGAGGUACCCAUUAGAGAAGGGAGUCCCACCCCCAUGGUGGCCUUCGGGAAAUGAGGACUGGUGGAUAAAAAUGGGACUACCCACGGGCCAGGCUCCUCCAUACAAAAAACCUCAUGAUCUGAAGAAGGUUUGGAAGGUUGGAGUGCUGAAGGCUGUGAUCAAACACAUGUCCCCCAAUAUUGCAAAGAUCAGGAGGCAUGUCCGUCAGUCAAAAUGUUUACAGGAUAAGAUGACUGCCAAGGAGAGCCUAAUUUGGUUGGCAGUGUUGAGCCGAGAGGAAUCCCUUAUGCAGCAGCCUAGCAGUGAUAAUGGUACAUCUAGUGUAACAGAGAUGCCUCCUAAUGUUCGUGGCAGAAGGAAGGAGACUGCCGCUAGUAGUAGUGAUAGUGAUUAUGAUGUUGAUGGUGUUGAGGAUGGUGUUGGCUCAGCUUCAUCUAAAAUAGAGAAGAUAAUUCAACCAAUGGAUACCGAACCUCAUCUGGACCCAUCUCAUAACCCAAAGCAUCCUUCCCAAGAUAAGGAGAAAGUAGAAGAGCGGCCAAGGAGAAAAAGACCUCGUGGGAGCUCAACUCUUGUUGAUCCACAAACGGCCCAACUGCAAAAUGAACAUCUACGUGGGGACUCAAGAAUUGCUGUUCCAGAUAUAAACCAUGCAGACUUGCAGUUGGUUGGAUACCAGAUGCUUGUUAGUGGACAGGAAAAUAGUCAAAUUGCAUCUUCAGGGCCUUUGGAGAAAGACAUAGAGAUCGCACCCCAAUCAGUUGAAUCUAGGAUUGACAACUUAUUGGCCCUUCCUCCUGUCAAUGCAGCCACCACCCCACAGAGCCUGUAUACAGGUGAAAGGCCUUUAUCAUAUCCAGUCAUGCAAAAUACUGAAUUGCACCCUGGAGCCAGCUACAUUUUCUACAACACUCCAGCAGAAUAUAGGUUACCUGAGGUCAAACUGCAGGCACAAUUGGCAAUGGCUGAGUCCCAGAUCCGCACCGAGGAAACUGGAGUUCCUGCACCAUUGCUACAUGGAAAUGAAAACGAGAUUAUUGGAGCUGACAUUCACCAUUUUAUAAAGGACACAUUCCACAGUGAGCAAGAUAAACCAGUUGAAAGUCACUUCGGAUCUCCACUUGAUGGCCUAUCACUAGAUUAUGGAGGAUUCAACAGUCCAUUUCAUUUUGGAUUUGAUGGUACAAGUUCAUUAGAUCCUGCUGAUUUAGAUUUGUCACUUGACGAGGACUUCAUCCAGUACUUUGGAGCAUAGAGUUUGACAACCAACACUUCGUAGCACAGAAAUGAAGAUUGUAUAGUGGAGGGGACAUUGGAUUCCUAAACUAUCAUACUUAUGCUCAAUACCUGGUGUUAUGAUCUGAGGAGCUCAAGGCCGUAAGUAAUGCACAUAUAAUUGUACAUGUCAUGCAUUAUAUGGUUAGAAGCAUGGUUCUGGUGUUUUGAUUGGCCUGACUUCCCACAAUAUGGAUGACAAUCAAGGAGUACUUGUAAAUUCAAUGAAUUGUUUCUUCUAAACACUCCAGCCUAUUUUUCCAUGGAAGAUGGAAUUGGAAUCGGUUGAAUGUACAAAUGAUGAAAAAUUUAUGCUUACCAAUUCUUUUGCCUCCUUGCUGCACAUUUUGAUAUUUUCUUUGUGGGUAGUUAUCCGUGUAACAAAGGGAUGUGACUUUUCCUGAAAUUACAAGACAAGUCGGAAGUCUGAACCAUCCAUUUUUACUGUUUUUUU